AGACGACUAAAUGUGAAAUGACAUAAAUGUAUAUUGAAGACUAAGUAAGCGAAAGAAAGGUUUAAUGGCUGGCGCGGCCGGCAGAGUGUAGCUUUAGAAUCCUAGUCUCUGCUGGCUUUGUGCGUCUUUAAUAAAAGCGACGCGGUUCCAAGAUCAAAUCAGUCACCGCCCUCGUCAAAACCUCUCCUUCUAAGCAAUCAUAUUAAAUAUCUAUAUAUAUUACCCCUUUCUCAAUUAUUCUUUGUCUUCAACAGUUCAACCUCUCUUACUUUUUCUCUUCAUCGUUUCAUUUUCUUUCUUCCUUUCAAACAUGAGUUCUUACGAUAAAAACCAAGCUUCAGCGCCACAGCCGCCACCCUCAACAGGCCUGUACGUGGCACCUCCACCAGCUGGUUAUCCAACGAUGGAUAACUCUGUGAAUCAGAAUCAAGCUCCUGUUGAGACAAAAUCGAGAGGUGAUGGGUUCUGGAAGGGAUGUUGUGCUGCGUUGUGUUGCUGCUGUGUCCUGGAUGCUUGCUUUUGAUGGUCGUCAAGAUUUUUACUGUGUUUCUGCCAAUUGAAUUUUGUAUAAAAUUAUUACGAAGGAUGAGGAUAAGGAUGAGGAUAAGAAGCACUAUGGUUUUCUCUUUGUGCUUCUUGUUUCAGGCUCAUCUAGACUUGGUCUUUUAAUUAUUCUUUUCCUUCCUUUGGUGGUUGCGCUUGAGUCAACUUUGAUUGUAUUUGUAUUUUGUAUUUGCACGAUUCUUGUUCUAAUAAAGCUAUUCUUAUUCGCGGA